CUGGCGCUCGAAACCCGCGGUUUACAAAAACUACAGCUGGACGAGGUGAAAUCUUAAUAAUCGCAAUAAAACUGCUUUCGCUCAAGACUGACCUGUUGGGAUGGUGUCGAAAUACUGCUAACGCUACGGUAACGUCAAAAAUCUUGAUAAAGUCGUUCUAAAUUGCAGCAGCAGCAAACCCUGUUAUUUCAGGAACAAACACACGGCGGCAUUUUGUGUGUGGUAACAAUAGCAGCAAAGUUAGCAGAUGGCUUGCUAGCCUGGUAGCGCGGGGGAGGUAACGUUACCUUGUCAACCAGCGUCAACUGAAAUCGCUGUGCCUGUUAUCUGUACCUUUCUACGACUUUGAGUCCUAGCUGGAUAACCAACAGCAAUGUCGCUGUCGUCUGAGGCUCGUUUUGGGGCGAGCCAACGCAUCAGAAUUAAAGGAGACACUAUUUGUGUGGUUCCCCACCUCUCCUCUGAUCUCCUGGAAGAUGACUUUGACCUGAAUAAGUCCUACCCAUACGCCCAGAGACCGCUGUACAAGCGGAGACUUUUGGCAUUGCAUCGUCGUUAUUGUCCUGGUUCCUUGACAGGUGAACGUUUGGAUGUUUGCAGUUCUGUCGCAGCAAGAAACCACCAAAUCUCUAGCUUACACCCUGGCUCCCACGUUUCUGCUGUCUGCCUGCCACACCCAUCCACUAUGUCAGAGACAGAGGAAAGCCUGUUCUGUCAGCUAACCUCUGGAAACUUUGGCCUGUCGGGAUCUCCAUCCCUCCUCAACCCAAACAAAGUCAUUCUAACUGUCGACCAUAAAACCAGAGAGAUUUUGUCAGCAAAUGAACAGGCCUGCAAACUGUUUGAGUGCACCACUAAUGAGCUGAUUGGAAGAAAGCUGUCCUGUUUCUUGAAGAAAACCAGUCAGGUCCUGGAACAAGCAUUGGAAGAGGAUUUUCCGCUAGUGGAUGGAACUCUUACAGCUGUUUCUGGAAAAGUGAUGGAUGCUGUGACACUAUCUGGAGAGGUGCCAGUGUCAGUGUGUACCCACAAACUGUCACAAAAUGAAGAGCACUCGCUUGUCCUGAUGGAAAAUGUAGAACGAUUAUCAGCCUUUCUCUCCUUUUCACAAGAUGGCAGCAUCUUAACCUGUGACUUGGCAUUUGCCUAUCUCCAUGGAUACCACCAUCCCGAGGAGUUAAAAGGGGUGUCUGUUAAGGAGCUAAUCCCCUCUUUACAAAUCCCUCUCCACAGUAAUGCAUUGCCCAAAAUGCUGAGGUUUCAGAGAGAAUGGGGUAAAAGCAGAGGGGGGGCGUCAGUCCCAUUGUGUAUCAAACUUCAGGGGGCAGUACUAUGUGGAAAACCUCAGCACCAUAACAAUGGGACUGGUUUGACCUGCCAAACAGAUAGUUUUGAAAGAUCAGAUGCACAGGACAAGCAGCCUUACUCCUCUCUCGCCUCCCCUGUGUACAAGACAGAAGCCUCACACUCUGAAAACCGUGAGCAACCUCAUGGAAAAGAGCAGUCCUCUGAGGGCAAAGUGGACAGCAGUUUCAUCUCCCCAAGCCCUGCACUUGAGUACACUGGAACAGUUUGGGUGUUUGCUCCUCUGAGUGGUCUCCUCCUGCUCCGCUCGGAUGGCUCCAUCUCCAGCAUCCAACACCACCUGGCCCUCAGUCUGUUUGGCUACAGCAAGGAGGAGCUGUUAGGAAAGAGUGUCACUUUCCUGAUUCCUGGUUUUUAUGGAUGGAUGUCAGACAUAAAGGCCUGUCCAUUCCCUGAUUCUCAAGUAGCGGCUGGUACAAGUACAGCCUCAUCCAGAGUAUCAGGAAAAUGCGAUCCGUCCUCACUGGUGGCUGGAGAUAUGGCCAUGGUGCAUCAGGCUGUCAUGGAAAGAACCUCAACAGGGAGAGGCAGGAUCUUCACUGGAACCAGCACCAGGCUGGAUAAACAGGGCAGCGCUUUGUCAACUCUUUCCCCUCCUGCAGUCACCUCUACACGUGUGGUUAUGGCCGACGACACUAUGGAGCUGAUGGAGGAGGCGGCCCAGGUUGCCCCCUGCAGUAGCCAGCUAAACAGUGCAGAUACCACUCAGGCACUCCUCAAGACAUUUGCCUGGGUUGAACCUCCAGAAGAAGGCGACUGCUGCCGGGUUCUCGCCGAACCACCGCACUGUAACCUAGAACAGCAGGUUCAGAAAAAACAGCAGCCUGCCAUUGAGAUUAUCCCAGACACUCCCAAUCACAGAGGACAUGCUGUUGGCAGGGUGGGUGGCACCUCCCCUGAUAGAGGCAAAGACCACCAGUCAUGUGCCUCUGUCCUCCAAGACUCCAGCUUUGAGGUCAUCUCAAUGGAGAGCAGGUCUUCUUCUGGCUUCUGUGAAAAGUUUGCCGGUCAUGGUGGUUCUGACCCAGACCAAGCAGAGGAGUCUCGCUCGGCACACAUAGUGAACUCAGCCAGCUGCUUCUUGGAUCUCAACAGCAAUGGUGAUCUGGUGACCCGGGCCCUUGCUGACCUAGAUCUGAGUGGUAGUAUAGAGCUGCUCAGUGGCGGAGGGUACAACGAUGACAACCAACACUCCAUGACAUCCUGCGAUACAGCCGAGCUCCUGCGGACACCCUCCCCAUGUGGGAUAGGGUCUGACCAGGAGGCAGAGCCCGUGGCGACUGGGGGCACUGCUGUGGAGGUCAGAAAUAGCACAAGUGAAGAAUUAGAAAAGGACCUAGUUGAGCAGGAUCAGUGGGCAGCUCUCUCUUCAAUUCAUAAAGGAAAAAACGAGGAGUUCUGCAUGCAAAUGAAUGGUGGAAUUCAGUCGAUAACAGACAUUCCUGCUACAUCUACACCUAAGAAACAGAAGGUAAAUGGACAGGCCCUUUCCUCAGACACUACAGAGAUACUGGAGGGGCGAUUUGAAGGAAGCGCAUACCACAGAGAUGGCACAAGAGUAGAUGUGCAGUGUGACGUGUGCAGGACUAACCUCCCUGAUGGAAGCUCUAUGUUCUGUGUGUGGAUGAGUAGGCCUGGCCAGCAGGGGACAGUAUUGCAAACAGAUCGAUCGCUGCACAACCAAUCAGGAGCCAGUCUAGGAGAGAGGAUUGGUGAAGCCAGUCAUGGAGAGGCAUUACGCUCCACCAUGGACCUAGAGCAGUCUCGAGCCUGUGAUGGGCAGUUUGAAGAAGAGUACCAGCCACUUAAAGCCGUGGGUAAAGGAGCCUUUGGUUUUGUCUGGAAGGCAUUAAGGCGCUGCGAUGGACAAGAAGUGAUAGUCAAGUUCAUCAGUAAGGCCAGGAUAGUGAGUGACUGCUGGGUAGAUGACCCCAUGCUGGGAAGAGUCAGCCAAGAGAUCGCCAUACUGACACGAGUUCAGCACCACAACAUUGUCAAGGUUCUGGAGGUUUUUGAGAAUGGGAGUUACUUCCAGAUGGUGAUGGAGAAACACGGAGAUGGUUUGGACCUUUUUGAAUUCAUUGACAUGCAGCCAAGGCUGGAUGAGCCCCUGGCCAGCUACAUCUUUAGACAGCUGGUGGCAGCUGUCUUCUAUCUGAGGACUAAGAACAUCCUUCACAGGGACAUAAAAGAUGAGAACAUCAUCAUCGACAAGUGUUUCCACAUUCGACUUAUAGACUUCGGCUCUGCUGCCAUGAUGGCUCCUGGAAAGCGCUUUUACAAUUUCUGUGGCACACUGGAGUACUGCUCCCCAGAGGUACUUCGGGGAAAUCCCUAUGAGGGUCCAGAGCUGGAGAUGUGGUCUCUGGGGGUUUUGCUCUACACUCUGCUAUUCAGUGAGAACCCCUUCUGUGAUGUGGGGGAGAUCCUGGAUGCCAAACUCAAGCCCCCAUUCCCCCUCUCUCCAGAGCUCAACGGUGUGUUGUGUGGGCUGCUGCACCCUGAUCCUGCUCAGAGAACAACUCUCGACCAGUUGCUGCUGCAGUCCUGGAUCAGCCAGCCCAUUUCCCUGGCGGAGUACAGCUGGACAGAGGUGGUUCCUGCAACUAUUGUGAGCUAUUGCUCACCACAGCACCAAGAGUCCAGUCCUACAGUUUAUGAUAGGCAAGGCUUGUUUCCAGAUCAUGGUGAUGAAACUCUGCCGGAGGAGGAAGAUGAGGAAGAUGAGGAUGAGAGGAUGUCAAUGGUUGCCCUGGAGACUGAGCUCCAGAAGUACCUCCAUGAGGACUAAAGACUGAAUUUAAAGGGGGGGGGGUUAAAGCAUCGGUCCAACAUUUUAUUUGAAGCAGUGCAAAGAGGACAUGAAGUGCAAAAUAAGAAAAGGGAAGCUUAUUUUAGUCCAAGGCCAUAAUCAAACACUAUUAUGUCUAGAGUAGAGUCUUAUGGAGACAAAUGCACCAUUGCCUUAAUGAAGUAUAUACAGUUUGCUACCAAGUGUAAUGAGCAUCAUUGCCAAGGUGUUUGGUUGUGAAAAAGUACUUGUGGAAAUAUUUGUGAUAGCAAUGUGCAACACAGGAAUGCAAAAGCGUCCUCAUGUACAUACUAACAUCUUUUUUUUCCUUUUUAUUUAAUCUAUUUUAUUUAUUCUUUAGAUUUUGGAAAUAUUUUAUUUAUCUAAAUCAUAGUAAUGAUUCAGAGGGAUCCAGCAUUGCCACCAAAAUUCACAUGACCACAAACAAUAUCUGUUCUCUGUUCAUGAUUUUAUUCUCAAAUGUUUUUAUUCCCAAUUGUAAGUAUAUUUACAAUAUUUUAUCUAUUUAUUUUUAUACAUUAAUAAAUAUUUUACCACAAACUU